AUGGACAACGAAAACGAAGAAAUCGAUCCUCUAGAUAACCCAUCUGUUCUAGUAGUGCAAUCCGAACAUGAACGGUAUGCUAUGCAAAGAGAUCACGCUAUCUCUCGAAUCAACGCUAUAAUAGAAAAUAUCGCUGUUUAUCAAAGCGAUAUUUUCGCAUUAGAGACUCGAAGAGAAAUGCUGAAAGAGGGUUAUAAAAAUUUUGAUUUGGCGCAAAGUUGGUUGGAGCAAUGGAAUCCAGAAGAGUACAACAGCAGAGAUACAAUCGAGAUGCAGUAUGUCAGUGGCCUUUCGUUGUUUGAAAAAACCAUCACCAAUAAAAAAUGCGCUGUAUCAGAAUCAUCGAGUAGAGACAAUGUACGUCUUCCUUCAGUGGAUCUGCCUAUAUUCAACGGAGCGAAUGAAAACUGGCUUGAAUGGUACGAUAAGUACAAUGCUUUAAUACAUAGCCGAUCAACUUUAGCAGUUAUACAGAAGUUCGAGUAUUUAAAACUGUCCCUUAAAGGAACAGCACUGGCAAUCAUUGAUUCACUACCAACAACGGAAUCGAACUAUACCAUAGCGUAUGACCUUCUUCAAAAGCGAUAUAAUAAUCCAAAAUUACUGGUGCAGAAACACACAAGAGAUCUGUUCGAAUUGAAAUGUGUAGAAGAGGAAUCCGCAAGUGCUCUACGGAAUCUUUUUGAUUCUGCUAGAAAACAUCUGCGGUGCUUGCAGAUAUUACAUCAACCAGUGGAAUAUUGGAGUGCUGUUCUUGUACAUCUAAUGGCCAACAAACUCGACGCAACAACCAGAAGAGAAUGGGAGUCACUAGCAUCUGGAACUACACCUCCAGAUUAUGAAAAACUGGAGCAAUUUGUAUUAGACAGGUGUCAAAUGUUGGAUGCUAUGCCAAAAAAGCGCAAAAUAACAACAGAACAAUACUCACAUCACAAAAAGUACAAACCAGAAGUCAGAACGAUGACUAUUAGAGCUGAUACUCUAGGAUGUGUUGCCUGUGGUGCAGAACAUUUUGUUGCAAAAUGUUAUCGUUUCGAGCGAAAAUCUUUAGAAGAAAAAGUGAAAUUAAUUAAACGAUUUGCUUUAUGCUUCAACUGUCUAAAGUCAAAUCACACCGCGGAACAUUGUCGAAAUAAAGGUUGCUAUAAAUGUGGUGGUAAACAUCAUACAUCGAUUCAUCGAGAAAACAAACAAAUAUUUAAAAAACAGGAAAAUCAUAAUCGUGAAAGUGAGUAA